AUGCAGAAGCCCAUCAUCUUGUUGGCACACGGGGCUUGGCACCCCCCGACACUAUACGCCUCGCUCAAAGAGGCGGUCCAAGCUCGAGGGUAUGAGCUGCUCGUCCCCGAGCUUGCAACCAUGGGGCCUGAGAAGACGAGUAUAAGCUGGGCCGCUGACGUCACAAUGCUUCUCGAGACAGCCGAGCCGCUCUUCGACCAAGGGAAGAGUGUCGUACUUGUGGGCCACUCAUACGGUGGCAUCUCCGCCUGCAUCGCGACACGGGGCCACGGCAUGGACGAGCGACGCGCCGUGGGAAAAAGGGGCGGCUUCUGUCACCUCGCCUUCCUCUGUGCAUUUGCCAUGCCCGCCAAGGGCAUGAGUGUCUUUUCCGUAUCUGGUGGUAGUUGGCUGCCGUGGCACAAGGUCAUCAAGCCCGGGAGGGGACCACCGCAGCAGCUCUUUGUCAAUGAAAAGGCGCGGGACCUUCUGUACAACGACCUCUCUGCUACCGAAGCUCAGACUACCUUCGACAGCCUGGUGCCCUGCUCGUACGAGGCAUUCACUACCGGCGUCGACUUUUCUGUGGCCGACGUUACGAUCCCCAGAACCGUCAUCGUCUGUGAGAAUGAUGCGUUGUUUCCACCCCAUCAUCAAAAGGCACUUGCAGGUGCCUGCGGCUAG